AUGAAGCCUUGGAUUAUUGGGAAUUUGCUGCUUAUCACAUGGAUAUCUCCUCAACUAUCAGAAGCCAUAAUUACCAUAAAUGAAGAUGAGACACCUGUAACAACACGCUUUCAUUGUAUCAAGAAUGGAUGUUGUGAUCAUCAUGAAUGGUGUCGUUUCUGGGCAUCAGUUGGAGAGUGUAAGUCGAACGCAGAAUGGAUGUUAGAUAACUGUCAGUUGGCUUGUAACAGCUGUAGACCUGGUGCCGUGAAACCUGUGACAGCAGCAACUACUCGAGUUCCAUUGCGAGCUUUCUCAAGACGAACAACUACACCUCGACCGUUCUUCUUCAGUACAUCCCCAAGAUCACGUCCAACCACUACUACAAGAAGACCAACGACAUUUGCCCAAUUGCGCACACGUCCAACCGUACAGUUUAGAACUCGACCCACCCAAGCACCUCGUACCCUUCGUCCAGCUUUCACCACCAGCAGUAACCCCUCGUCUGUCCGUCUGGUUAUGCUUCGACGUAAUCGUGGUCGUGGUGGUAUUUCUCAUAGAGUGCCUUCUCUUCUUCGUGUACCCAAUAAGCACAUACCUUCAAUAGAUGAGCUGACGGAGAAAUUCCAUUUGAAUAGUGGAACAACAGCUCAGGCUUUUACUCGAAGAGUGACUACUCCGUUUACCCGGUUCUUCUUCACGACCACAACACCUUUCACGACGACCACACCUUUCCCAACAACUACAACAACUCCUAGGACUACCACAUCGACGACAACAACCACAACUGUUCCAACUACUACUACAACAACUACGACAACUCCACCACCCACGACAACUACAUCUACGACAACUACCACCACGACCCCGACGACCACCACCACGACUCCUCGGACUACUACCUCAACUACAACCACUACGACGACAAGCAGCACUACUACUUUUACUACCACCACUCCGACACCUACAACUACAACAGAAUUCUUUACUACUACAGAAUUCACCACAACAUCUGGAGUCGUCGACAGUCUGACUACCACACCAGUACCUCAGAUUAUUUCUUCCACAACAACGUCUGAAGAAACAGAUGAACGAUCGACUUUCAAUAACGAGGAUCCACGACUGCGCACGAGACCAAGCACUAGAGCUUUCUUCCGGCCGCAACCAACAACUCAGCGAACAACUCCAAGAACAACCACAAGAACCACUACAAGAACAACUCCAAGGACGACAACUACAACAAGAGCUCCUACUACACAACCGUUCCGUAGACUUUCCAAUGCCCAGACUCAAAGAUGUCGUCAAAUACUCAAAGACCCUCUUGUUGCAGCAGAAGAGAUGAUCAGAGAGCGUUUGAUUGUCACUAGUGAAGAUAACAAUAACAGACGUAGUAUCGACUUGGAUCAGGUCAUCCGAUCAAACUUGGCUAAUGCUUGUGUACCAAGAAUGGACGAACAUGACUGUGAAUCAAAUCUCUGUUACAAUGCAUACUUCAGAACAAUGGAUGGUACAUGCAAUAACCUAGAUAAUCCAUUACGUGGAGCUUCAUAUCGUCCAUAUACAAGACUUCUCCCAACCGUUUAUGACAACGAACUUUCUGAGCCAGUUGGUUCGCUGUUCCCUGAACUACGACCAUCACCCAGAGAAAUUACAAGACAACUCACAUCAUCCCAUGCUUCUGUUGAAGCUGAUGAUUACAAUGCCAUGGUUAUGCAGUUCGGUCAAUUCUUAUCUCACGACAUGGCCAAGACAACGUUAGUCCCAUCAUCGAAAUGUAAUGUUUGUCAAAACAUUACCAGUCGUUGUAUGGCUGUCCCUGUUAAUGGAGAUGAUCCAAAUCUUGGAUUCAAAAGAAACACUUGCGUUCGUGUAUCUCGUUCUUCCGCUAUCUGUGGUUCUGGACGAACCAAGCCUCGUCAGCAAUUAAAUGAAAACACAGGAUACAUUGAUGUUUCGCCAAUUUAUGGUUCUUCCGUCCACGAUUCGCUCAAGUUCAGAGAUGGCAGAAGCGGUUUCCUGAAACUGCCCACUUUCCGAGGAUUUGAAGCUUUACCUUUCGAUCAGUCCAAAUGUAAAAGUCGUCAGUCAUGUACAGUCAUAUUCACGGCUGGAGAUUCUCGAGUGAACUUGUUUGUUGGUCUCAGCGCUUGGCACACCAUUUUCACUAAAGAGCAUAAUAGGCUUGUAACUCAAUUCAAACGACUCAAUCCUCACUGGGAUGGAGAACGGUUGUACCAAGAAGCUCGUAAACUUGUGGGAGCACAAAUGCAGGCCAUCGUGUAUAGAGAAUGGCUUCCAAAAGUAUUAGGAGCUGCCUUUGCUACAGUUGUGGGAGAUUACAAGGGAUACGAUCCCAACGUUGACUCAACUAUUGCCAACGAAUUCACAUCUGCUGCUUUCCGAUUCGGUCACGGAAUGAUUCAAGAGUUUUAUCAACGUCUUGACCCCAACUUUUCGAAUUCCACUUUCGGUCCUCUUGUUUUCCAGAAAGGAACUCUUCACUCUGAUGUCUUACUAAACGAGGGAGGCCCAGAUCCUUUACUCCGUGGAAUGUUCUCGCAACACGUGAAAAGACCACAGCGAGUUACCACUACUGUGACAGAGAACAUGUUCGGCUCUACUGAUCUAUCUUCUAUAAACAUUCAAAGAGGAAGAGAUCAUGGACAUCCAAGUUACACGAAAUACCGUGAGCUAUGUGGUAUGGGAGUAGCUUCAGAUUUCGACGAGCUUGCUAGAGAAAUUUUAAACAGUGGAACACGUGAAAAACUUCGUAAAGUAUAUGGAAAUGUUGACAAAAUCGAUUUGUGGGUAGGAGCUCUUCUAGAAGAUCCUGUUGUCAGAGGUCUUGUUGGCCCCACUGUUGCUUGCGUUAUCGGACCACAGUUCAAGAGAACUCGAGACGGAGAUAGAUUCUAUUAUGAAAGCCCCGGAGUAUUCACACGCCAACAGCUGUCUGAAGUCAGAAAGAGUUCAUUGAGUCGGAUAAUCUGCGAUAACACUCAGACAAUCACGAUGGUGCCACGAGAAGCUUUCCGAAUCGGUCACUUAACACCAUGUAAUCAAAUACCAUCAAUGGACUUGUCCAAAUGGAAGGAGUUUUAA